AUUAGGGAUUAUUGCGCCAUUGACUCUCAAAUACGCAGUAAAAUGUAAAAUCACGUUGGUGCUCAACUUGGGACGAUCCAUAUAUGUUCCAUUGAACCUCCUACAAACAGCAGAUCAGUCAACAUCGGUGAAAGGACCAGGCAGAUUAACUUCUGGUAUAACACUUCAUUAAAGACGGGAGAAAUAAAUCAGUAACAAGAGAUCUGGAGAGAGGUCCCAAUGAGCAACUUUAUUUGAUAUAAGAAAAAUAUCAUCAUUGACUUGCUUCAGAAAUUCCAACUUGCCUGUAAUACAAAAAGCCUGGAAGUUAACAGAAUGGCAAAUUUGGAUAUUGGCACAAAUUCCUCUGUGAGCUUUGUUCCUUCAAUGUCCAUUGAUAGACUUUUUCCAGCUCUUUUAGAGUGUUUUGGCAUUAUUCUUUGUGGAUACAUUGCUGGACGAGUGAACAUCAUUACUUCUACGCAAGCCAACGGCUUAGGAAGUUUUGUUUCAAAGUUUGCACUGCCUGGCCUCCUUUUUAAGAACAUGGUGGUUUUAAACUUGGCUCACAUAAACUGGAGUUUUCUUUGGAGUAUUCUGGUGGCUAAGGUUACAGUUUUCAUAAUAGUCUGCACGCUGACUCUCCUGAUAGCAAGUCCUGAAAGUAGAUUUGGAAAAGCUGGACUCUUCCCAAUUUUUGCUACACAGAGUAAUGAUUUUGCUUUGGGAUAUCCUAUAGUUGAAGCUCUGUACAGAGAUACAUAUCCGGAAUAUCUUCAGUACAUUUACUUGGUGGCACCCAUCUCAUUGAUGUUAUUAAAUCCAAUUGGUUUCAUCUUCUGUGAAAUACAAAAAUGGAGGGAAAAUAUGAACAUUCAACAAAGCAAGCUGAAGACUGUUGCACUGGUAUUGUUACAGGUUUUUAAAAACCCAAUUGUUUUUAUGGUCAUUGUUGGAAUUUGUGGGAAUUUUAUCUUUGAACGAAAGAUUCCAGUGAUUAUCGGAGAAUUUCUGGAUGGUCUGGCAAGCUCUUUCAGUGGUUCAGCUCUCUUUUAUCUUGGACUUACAAUGGUGGGACAAAUCAAGAAGCUGAAAAAAAAUUCAUUUCUUGCAAUUAUUCUGCUGAUCACUGCCAAACUAUUGGUGCUUCCCCUCAUCAGCCGCGAAAUGGUGGAAUUACUAAACAGUGGUAACUACACCAGCCUCUCAAACUAUGCAUUUUUAUAUGGCGUUUUUCCAACAGCACCAAGUGUAGCUAUCUAUGCAAGUCAAUACAAUAUGGAAAUCGAAAUUGUGACUCCUGGGAUGGUAAUAAAUACCUUUGUAUCUGCUCCCAUCAUGUAUGUGUCUGCGUGGCUUUUGACAAUUCCAUCUAUGCACACACAGGUGUUACAAUCAGCAAUUCGCAGCAUUAGCUUUGACAUCAGCAUAGUCACCCUCGUUUUUCUGGUUUGGUCUGUGGCUGUUAUGCUUUUGAGUAAGAAAUUUAAACAGUUACCACAUUUACUGUCCAUUAAUCUGCUGCUUGCACAGAGUAUGGUCUGUUUGGGAAUGAUCAUGUGGUAUGUUAUCACCAAGCAAAAUAGUCUUCUUGGUCAAGUGCUGGUCUUCAUUGUGCUAUAUUGUUCUUUGUAUAGUACAUAUGUAUGGACAGGUCUCAUUGCUCUCUCAUUACUCCUGUUGGAGAAAAAUGCAUCCAAGCAAAAAGGAUUCUUCAUUAUUGCUGGAUGGGGAAUACCAGCAUUCAUUGUGGGAAUACUAUUGUUAACUGGUCACCCAAAUACACAAACACUGGGAGAUUCGGCAUUCUUUUAUGGAAAUAUUCAGGUUAUUAGUACUGCAGCAGUGCUGUCAUGUAGCAUUGUUCUUGCGGGCUCGUCAUUGAUGUUACUGAGUCGGAAGAGGCAUGAUAAUGCUUACCAGAUACUACAGCGUGACUCUAUUUCCAGCAAUACCAGUGAGGAUCCUAGCCGAACAACAGCUACAAAUGUUACUCCUGAUGUAGAAUUUGCAACUGGAGACGGUGAUGAAGGAUGUCCAUGUCAGAUGGAAAUUCGAAGCACAAUAUGUUGUUCCAGCCAGCAAGUUCAGAAUAAUGACAGAAGUAUAAAUGAGGCAUCGUUGAAUGCAGAACAAUGUACAACAUCAUGCAACGCCGAAAACUGCGUAUUGAUACAAGAAGAGCAGCACUUACAGAAUGCUGAUCCACAGCUGGCCAGGCACGUGCUGCUGUGCUUACUUCUCAUUGUAGGCUUGUUUGCUAACGUAUCCAGUUGUUUGUGGUGGUUGUUUAAUCAUGAGCCAGGUCGCCUUUACGUUGAGCUACAGUUCUUCUGUAUAAUCUUUAAUUUUGGUCAGGGUUUUAUUUCUUUUGGCAUAUUUGGGCUUGAUAAACAUUUAAUCAUACUUUCAUGUAAAAAGAGACUGGAAUUCCUAUUGCACGGAAGAAACAUAGGACAGACCGAUGAUACGUUGACUGAUGACAUAAGAUUGACUUGCCAACAGUUUUCACAAUAUCAUAAGGGUCAAUGUGCCAGAGACAUCGUCAAAGAGAGGAGGUGUGGUGCAGAAACCUUCGCAGAUGUCUUCCAAGGCUGUGAUCUAGUGGACUGGUUGAUUCAAGUUGGUCUGGCCCAUGACCGAAGUGAAGCUGUUAAGUAUGGAGACCGAUUACUAGAAGGUGGUGUCAUUCAACACAUUGCCAACGAACAUUCAUUUCAGGAUGAAUCUUUGUAUUAUCGCAUGUUGCAGAUGAAUGAAGCAUGAUUUGUACUAUUAGAGCUGCUUUAAAGCUAGAGAUUAAAUCUACAAGAUUUUCUUCAUUGCUAUAAACCACAGUAUGAUAUACUUUAAAUUUCUGCCUUUUUAAAAUACUUCACACUAUUAACCAAAGAAUUUGGAAUCCCAUUUACUAAAUAAAAUUAUUAAGUUUGCUUCCAAGUUUUUAAGAUGUAACCUCAUGCUGCUUAAUGCAUUGAAUGUAAUCUCAUAUCCAUCAAAAUGUUAAAUGUGACAGUAAUGUCAAGGUGGACAAUGAUUUUAGCGUUUGCCUUCCAUUGUAUUGUAAACGUAUUUGAGUCAAAGUGAUGAGAUCACAGUGAAGUAUUAAGUUAACAUUUCAUGUUCUAUUUGUUAGAACAGAAAAGCUGAAAACUGCUUUUGCAACAGAUGGGCGUUCUUUAUGGAAUUAGACACUGACAUUUAAAAGCCUUCAAUCUUCCAUGUGUUCACUCAUCGCUGUACCAGCCUUGGGAUUUCUCUUUAACAUUAAUAAAAAAAAAAAAGAAAAAUUGACUAAAACAGGGUAAGAAAUACAAUGAACUGAACAUUACACGAGUCAUUAAUUAAAUGUAAAUUACAUUCUUAAUGACUCCAGUCUCUAUAUGUAUCUUCAUAACGGGUAUGCUACAGUUUGCAUAACUAAAUGUUUAAAAAUUGCACUUUAAGUUAAAAGGGGUUCUUUUAAAUUCAAUAUAAGACAUGUAAUAUACUGUGAGAGCUGAAUCUUUUAACUUUAUUUAUCCAAAGUAUCUGUUCAACACUGAAUUGUCAAAGAUCAAGAAAGAAUCUGAUAGAAUAGAAGUGGGUUGUCAUCCCAAUUUCUUUUUAACUUGCUUUUAGCUGUAUAGUAAAAUAAUAAAAAACAUAUCAUUUUUUGGAAUGUAAGGUUCUGGUAUUAUAAUAUUUUGAUAUGUUUAGAAUGUAGCCAAGUCCUGUACAAACGAAGAAAUAAAACAUUUUUAAUACUUGA